UACAGUGCAGACGCUUCUUCUGGUUGCUCUCUGCUUGAUUUGCUUGAUUUGUGUGUUAGCUUGUUCUUAGUGUCCAGAAGCUAUCGCAGGUAAGCUCACAUGGAAAGAAGGAAAAAAUCUGGGAAAAAUCAGCAUGAAAUCAAUAACAUAAGCAAAUCAAGCAGAGAGCAAGCAGGGGAAGCGUCUGAACUGUAAAGCAGCAGGAAUGAGGAGGAAUAUAGUUUUAUUGUCCGUACCGCCCAGUCCUGAUCUGAACUUUGAACAAGUUCCUGUUAAUUUAAGAUAAACGACAGUGCAAAGUUGAAUGUUUGAACAACGAGCUGCAGUCGAAACUUCACUCCGUCUUAUUCAUCACAUCAACUCUGCUGUUUGACAAUAAUCCUGUAAAUCAGAGGAAGGAACCAGAGCAGAGGGAGGAAGGAGGAAAGUUCAAGUGUGACGGAGCAGAAAUCCAGUCCAGAAGAUUCUUGUUCGUCUCUGAAAGAAGAUCCAAGCGAGUCCAUCGGGUUUUCCUCCACAACACAGCAGAGUCUCUGAAACACUGAGAUCCACCAUGUCUGCUUGCAGCAACCUGAGAUCUGCAGAUCAGUUCCUGUGCUCCAUCUGUCUGGAUGUGUUCACUGAUCCAGUCACCACACCAUGUGGACACAACUUCUGUAAAACCUGCAUCACUCAUUUCUGGGAUGAUGAUGCUCUCUUCAAGUGUCCCAUCUGUCAAAAGAUGUUCAGUACAAGACCUGACCUGGAAGUCAACACGUUCAUCAGAGAGAUGGUUUCUGAGUUCAGAGGUGAAGCUCAACAGAAAUCCAGCAGCAGCAGCUCAGAGCAACAAGCUGCAGAACCAGGAGAAGUUCCCUGUGACGUCUGCACUGGAACCAGACUGAAGGCCCUGAAGUCCUGCCUGGUGUGUCUGCUGUCCUACUGUGAGACUCACCUGGAGCCUCAUCUGACAGCUUCACGUCUGAAAAGACAUCAGCUGGUGGAGCCUGUGGAGAACCUGGAGGACAGGAUUUGUACGAAGCACGAUAAACCUCUGGAGCUGUUCUGUAAGACUGACCAGACAUGUGUCUGCACGCUCUGCUCUGUUUUAGACCACAAGAAUCAUGAGUUUGUUCCUCUGAGAGAAGAAUAUGAAGGAAAGAAGGCAGAUCUGGAGAAGACAGAGGCUGAGAUUCAGCAGAUGAUCCAGAAGAGACGACUGAAGAUUCAGGAGAUCAAAGAGUCUCUGAAGAUCAGUAACGAUGCUGCAGACAGAGAGAAAGCAGAAGGUGUUCAGGUCUUCACUGAUCUGAAGGAGUCUGUUGAGAGACGUCUGAAGGAGUUCAUGAAGGAGAUGGAAGACAAACAGAAAACUGCAGAGAAACAGGCUGAAGACUUCAUCAAAGAUCUGGAACAGGAAAUCUGUGAGCUGAAGAAGAGGAGCUCUGAGGUGGAGCAGCUCUCACGCUCUGAAGAUCACCUCCACCUCCUCCAAAGAUUCUCAUCCCUGAAAGAUGCUCCACCCACCAAGAACUGGACAGAGGUCAGAGUCCAUCCACCUUCAUAUGAGGGGACUGUGGUGAGAGCUGUGGACCAGCUGGAGAAGAACCUCAGAGAAAAGAUGAAGAAGCUGCUUGAAGCUGAGCUGAGGAGGAUCCAGCAGUUUGAAGCUGAUGUGACUCUUGAUCCUGAUACAGCAAAUCCUGGACUCAUCCUGUCUGAUGAUGGAAAACAAGUCUAUCAUGGUAAUGUGUGGAAGAAUCUUCCAGAUAAUCCAGAGAGAUUCUCUAUGUAUCCUAAUGUUUUAGGAAAACAGAGUUUCUCUUCAGGCAGAUUUUACUUUGAGGUUCAGGUUAAAGGAAAGACUGACUGGGAUGUAGGAGUGGCCAGAGAGUCGAUCAACAGGAAGGGAAUAAUCACACCGAGUCCUCAGAAUGGUUACUGGACUGUUUGGCUGAGAAAUGGAAACGAGUACGCAGCUCCUCCAGUCCGUCUCCAUCUCAGUUCUCCUCCUGAGAAGUUGGGGGUGUUUGUGGAUUAUGAGGAGGGUCUGGUCUCCUUUCAUGAUGUAGAUGCUGCAGCACUUAUCUACUCCUUUACUGGCUGCUCCUUCAGGGAGAAACUCCACCCGUACUUCAGUCCUGAACCCAAUUAUGGAGGUAAAAACUUUGCUCCUCUGAUCAUCUGUCCUGUCAAUCAAACUAUCUGAUCUUUGAUGUAAUGAAUCUUCAUCAACUCUAAAUGUUCAUGUGAAAUGAUUAAAGAUUCACUCUGAUUGAUGGAAAAAUGUUCAAGUUCUCCCUAAAGUUAUUUCAUAUCAUUAAGUGAUCAUUUUGUUUGAUUGAUCGUAUUAUUACAUUUGUAUGUUGUACUUCUAUCUUUUGAUGAUGAUGACGAUGAUGAUGACUUGGAUUUAUAUAGCGCCCUUCAAGGCACUCAGAGCGCUUUACAGAGAUAAUUAUUCAUUCAUACACAUUCUCUCCGGUGGUGGUAAGCUACGUUUGUAGCCACAGCUGCCCUGGGGCAGACUGACAGAAGCGUGGCUGCCAUAUUGCGCCAAACGGCCCCUCCGACCACCACAUUGUAACAUUCAUUGUAACAUUCAUACACAUUCAAACACAUUCAUACACAUUCAAACACAUUCAAACACAUUCACACAGGGCAAGGUGGGUAAGGUGUCUUGCCCAAGGACACUACGACAGCAAACUGGGAAAGAGCGGGAUUCGAACCGCCGACCUUCCGAUCAUUGGACGACCCGCUCUUUUACUUGUUUUUUUUGUUCCUCCUCUUUUUAAAGGAACAUUUGAGAUUUUCCAGUCAAAUGUAACAUCAUGUGAUCUAAGUGUAACCUCUGUCUGCUAGUGUGAAUGAUCCUACAAUAUCUGAUGAUGGAACAAGUGAAAACUGCUGGAUUGUUGAAGUUUUUCCUGAAUAAAGCAGAACUCUGUGAUCUGUGUUUGUCUCUGAUGUUACAGUCUUGAUUUUGAAAAGCUCCAUUUUAAGUUGCUUCUAAAGUCAGCGAGUGUUGGUUUGAUUUACCAAAUGUAAUCAGAUUACAAUGCUAAUUCAUUCUGUUAGAUAGUUUGCAGGAUUUAAAACCUGUAUAAAUAUCAACUCUUGACCAGAAUUUGAAAAUAAAGAAAAUUAUUUUGUUAAUCAUAAUAACAUCUGUGAGGCAGUUUAUGAGAGGAGGAGGGAUGAGGAGGGUUUAAACAUCUGCAGUUUUAUUUAAACAAUGGAGUUGUGAUAAAAAUUUGGAGUCGUGUUUAAACUCCAACUACCUGAAACACCAGAGUUCUGAAGUCAUGUCUGGUGUUGACGUGUUGGAGGACGUCUGACACUCGGUGGAAACACCUGGAUGGUCAAACUGAUGGACCUGAACCUCAUCUCUUUUUAUCUGUGCUGUGGAAGACUGAAAGGAAAAUGUAUCAAUGACCUUUUAUUUCACCAUGUAUGACAAUAAUUUCUGCGUCAUUCUCUA